AUGUCAAAGCCUCUUUCUCACGCCAAGGUCGUCCUUCGACGCUCUGCUGACCGCGGACACGCGGAUCACGGCUGGUUGAACUCCUACCAUACAUUCAGUUUCGCCAACUAUUUCGACCGCCGCUUUCAGAACUUUGGAAGUCUCCGCGUUUUGAAUGAAGACCGUGUCGCCUCCCGAAACGGCUUCCCGACGCAUCCGCAUCGCGACGCCGAGAUCUUCAGCUACAUUCUAAGUGGCGAGCUCACGCACCGCGAUAGCAUGAUCAAAAAGGGCGCCGAAGGUGAACAAGGAAAACAAUUCUACCGCAUGAAGCGAGGCGAUGUGCAAUUCACAACUGGAGGAACUGGAAUCGCCCAUUCCGAACAGAACGAAUCCAACAAACCUGUUCAUUUCUUGCAAAUUUGGGCUCUGCCAUGGGCCAGCUCCCUGAAGCCUCAGUAUCACACCAGGAGUUUCAGUGAGGAGGCUAAGCGCAAAGCUUUCGUCCAUAUCUUGUCACCUCUCGCCGCGGGUCCAGAAGCUACACCGGCAGAAGAAGAAGCUGCCACGCCCAAGAUCCCUGAUACAAUUCCCAUUCAUGCUGAUUUUGUCAUGGGGGCUGGUAUCAUUGAACCAGGAUCGACAUUCAACUGGACCGUCGGAGCCGGUGAUGCUGUUAGCUUCAAGAAGAAGAGAAAUGUUUAUGUUCAUUUGCCGAUGACCAAGCAAGGCAAGGCCAAGGUUAAGCUCAAUGGCCUCGAGGACUCUGUACUUGAGGAGGGUGAUGGUGCCUUCAUCACCCUUGUUAAUGCGGGUGAUGCUUUUAGCGUCGAGAGCGUUGGCGAUGCCGAUGCCGAAGUCAUUGUUUUGGACAGCAAUUAG